CAACGACUGUCAGUAGGUGACACGAAGAAAUCAGAAAUGACGUGUGAAUAGAAAAUUUUGUAAAAAAAAUGUACAAAAAUUUAGCAAUAAUCUGGAACAAAAUACACAACUGGACGAACGAGAAUCAAAAAGCUUGAACCAUGGAUCAUUAUCUGACUACGUAUAGGAAGGAUUAUCUAUGGCCCAACUUACCAAGAGCCGGGCCUGGUGGGGGUCAUGGCGGUGGAGGGGAGGCUGCACAGAUGUCAGAUCAAGAGCUGGCCUUCUUCCGAGCAUGUAUGCAGCACAGCAGACCACCUGACUGCCGAUGUCCUCAGUACAGCGGUGGGGAGAUGCCGCAACUACCGCCAGGCAAGGAAGGAGGGUGGAGUCGCAAUGAGAUAAUGGGCCCUUUGCUAGACCCGAAGCUGUACCCGGUGAAAGUGGGAGCCGCUCCAGAAACACCUACUUCUCGCUACGACCAGCCAAACGCCUUUUUAGACAAGCUACAAUCCAAGUACCCGAUGCUGUACAGCAUCUUGCAGAACGAGGCGUCUCCUGAGCUGAAACAGAGAAUAGACCGCGACCGAAACAAGACGACAUAUCAGGUCGACUACUGCGAAUCCGGUCCAGGCGCCAAAUUUGAAGGUCUCCAACGAGCGGCAGACGAAAGCGGCACCGGGCCUUGCGCGCAGCCAAUGAGAUUGCCUGGAGACCCGUGCCGUGUCGCACCCAAGCAGCGGAUGACGACAUCCAAAACUAUAUCUAAACAGGGAGGUGGUGGAGCCAGCGAUCCUCGCGCGAAAUGCGAGACGACAUCAGCCGUUCCGCCGCUGGGCAAGACGGAAUACCAAGACGGAGUCUCGAAGCUCGGAGCCAUCAUCAUGAGAGACAAGCUACAUAGGAGAUACUCGUAAUAACACAAUCUAAAAAAAUCUGGAAUAAAGUAUC